GUUUCAAGGCUGUAUGAGAGGGCGCCAUGUCCAGAGGCAUUUUACGGCGUGUGGGUUCGGUUGUGUCCUCUUUGGCUAUGAGUUCUGUAAUGUCAGUAAAACGCGGGACUUCUCACUCUUUAUCUUACAGAAUGUUUCUCACUCAUGGCGGAUCUCCUAUUUCAUGUUUUCAUGAUGUCCCAUUGUUAACCGAUACAAAUAACUAUUACAAUAUGAUAGUUGAGAUACCACGCUGGACAAAUGCAAAAAUGGAAAUUUGCAAAGAAGAGCUUAUGAAUCCUAUCAAACAAGAUGUCAAAAAUAAUAAACUGCGCUACGUAAAUAAUGUAUUUCCACAUAAAGGUUAUAUCUGGAAUUAUGGUGCCUUACCUCAAACAUGGGAAGAUCCUAACCAUGUAGAUGAAAAUACCAAGGCUAAAGGAGAUAAUGAUCCUAUCGAUGUGUGUGAAAUAGGUUCGAAAAUUUGGCCCUCCGGUUCAAUAAUACCUGUCAAAGUAUUAGGUAUUUUGGCAAUGGUAGAUGAAGGUGAAACUGAUUGGAAAGUUAUUGUUAUAAAUGCAGAUGAUCCAAUGGCUGAUAAACUAAAUGACAUUCAUGAUGUGGAUACUCAUAUGCCGGGACUUCUGAAGGCUACACGAGACUGGUUUAAAUACUACAAAGUUCCUACGGGAAAGCCCGAAAAUACAUUUGCCUUCAAUGGAGAGUUCAAGAACAAAGAAUUCGCUAUAAAAAUUAUUUCCCAAACACAUGAACAGUGGCAGAAACUGAUAUCUACCAAAGUUGAAGCUGGUUCUAUCAUACGGGCGAAUGUUACUGUGAAAGGAAGUCCCUACAUGGUAUCAAAAGAAGAUUUCCUCGACGCUUUGCAGAAACAUGACGCUUUUACACAUGGAAGUGAGCCAACAGAUCAAGCUAUUGAUCAAUGGCAUUUUUGCAACCCGAAUGUUUAAUUCUACUUCAGUGGUCAACUAUCUUAAUCAUUGUUGUGAACUAAUCACGAUCUAAACUACAAAAGAUAAUUACAUAUCAAAAUUUACUCAUCGUACUCAGCGUAUAGUUGUUAUUUACCUUUUUGGUUGUAACCUUAAAUGUUCGUUUGUAUAGGUCUAUUGAUAUUUUUUAAAUUAGGCCAGUUAACGUUAUACAAAUAUACAUAUAUGUUUGAAAAUUAA